CCAGAAAAUACUAUCCUUCUAGACAACGACUCACCCUGCCUGUCCAACCUGGGUCAAAAGAGAGGCCAACUGUUCUUCACUACAAGAAGAGUCUCAAUGAAUAUAUUAAUGGGGGCACGAAUGAGUUAACCAUAGUUUUCAAGGAUCUUGGUCCGCAGGUUAAGUAUAGUACACUUUUCUUCUGGGAGUAUCUAGGUCCUCUGGUACUCUAUCCUAUCAUUUACUACUUUCCAGUCUACAAAUUUUUCGGCUACAAAGAAGAACGUGUUAUCUACCCUGUCCAGACAUAUGCCAUGUAUUACUGGUGUUUCCACUACUUCAAACGGAUCAUGGAGACCUUUUUUGUGCACCGGUUCAGCCAUGCCACUUCUCCACUUUCCAAUGUUUUCCGGAACUGUGCCUAUUAUUGGUCUUUUGGAGCUUUCAUUGCUUACUAUGUGAAUCACCCUCUUUACACUCCUGUAAGCGAUCUCCAGAUGAAGAUUGGAUUUGGUUUUGGGUUAGUUUGCCAAGUUGCAAACUUCUAUUGCCAUUUAUUGUUGAGAAAUCUCCGAAGUCCCAGUGGUAAUGGAGGUUACCAAAUACCAUACGGCUUCUUGUUCAAUAUUGUUACCUGUGCCAAUUACACAACGGAGAUCUACCAGUGGUUGGGCUUCAACAUUGCUACUCAGACAGUUGCAGGCUAUGUCUUCAUGGUUGUUGCUGCUAGCAUUAUGACAAACUGGGCCCUUGGAAAGCAUCGUCGUUUGAGGAAGCUCUUUGAUGGAAAGGAAGGAAGACCAAAGUAUCCUCGGCGAUGGGUGAUAUUGCCUCCUUUCCUUUAGAAAUGUGGGGAAGCCGGAGAAUUGUUCAUUUAGUUGCCCAUUUUCUGUGAACCUGCAGCUUUUGAAGGUUUAUGUUUCUCAUUUAAGGAUUUAAUACUUCAUCAGAUUUUUCCCUUGGUUCUCUUGUAUUUCUGUUCCAUGUCUUAGCUUCUUUUUAGACCAGACGAUGUUUGAGUGAGUUCAUUUUUGUAGUUCUCACUUCUUUGUGAUGUUUUCAAAAACCAUCUUUGUUACCCUCAGUUGUUGGAUUAAUCUAUUGUUUAUGACAGUGAUCUUAUAAUA